AUGCCGUUGCGGAUACGAGACGAGAAACACCCUAUUACCUUGGUUCGUGAAAAGGCUAGGAAAGAAGCCAUGGAGGCCACCGCGAACGAAGAAGGACAGGAUUAUUGUAGGAUUUGCCGUGGCGAGGCCUUCCCCAACCAGCCUUUAUACUAUCCUUGCAAAUGCAGUGGCAGCAUCAAGUUCGUUCAUCAGGAAUGUCUUAUGGAAUGGCUUUCUCAUUCUCAAAAGAAAUACUGUGAACUUUGCAAGACACCCUUUCGCUUCACCAAACUCUACGAUCGGUCCAUGCCCGCCACGUUACCAUUUCCCCUGUUUCUCCGCCGACUUGUUCACCACGGAGUGAAAGGAAUCUCUCGUUGGAUUCGUUAUUUGCUUGUCGGUCUUAUCUGGAUCUGUUGUCUGCCCUGGUGCAUAAGACAAAUAUGGCGAGGACUCUUUUGGCUUGCAGAUGGGAGUUGGCUGGAUCAAAAAGACGUGCAGGUGGCGACCAAGGCUGGCCCAAAUGUCACGGCCACUCUUUCUGCGGCUCAGCACUCCGAAACUCUCGCCAUCAACUUCACCGUUCCUCCGUAUCUCGAACGGAUCACACUGGUAUUUCCUCCCAUGCAGAUCUCCUUGGCCGACAUUGCUCGAAUCUUCUUCAGCCAGGGCUUGAUCGGCAAAAUCUUUCAGCUUAUAUUGUCGAAUUUCCUGCCUCGGUCGCGACAUGGCGGUGGUCCGGCUCACACAUCUAAUACGACGCUGGACUCAUCAUAUCCCAGAAGACCGUCACUACUGUCCGAGGUCCGAUUUUUGGCCCAAUGGUCCAGCUCUCCUCCCGUCAACCAUGCAACCAUUGAUGUGGUUGAAGGUCAACUGAUUUGCGUGCUCCUGGUCACAGCAUUUAUCCUGGUAUUCCUGAUUCGAGAGUGGGUGAUAAACCAACAGCCCGUUGCAAAUAUGCCGGAAGACGAUAUUGCAGAUGCCCCUCCUCCAGUCCCCCAACCCGAAGGUGAGAGACAACGUGCAGCAAGACCACGACACAGACUUCAUCGUCACGGUGUAGAAGCGAACCCCGAAGGCGAAGCGAUGGCUUUGGACCGUGGUCCGCGGCCUAUAGCAGUUCCCAGACUACGCAGAGCCAUGACCGAUGAUGUCACCUUAAAUGGAACAGAAAAUCAGGUCGAUCGGCCGACUCUGCCGGUCCCAUCUCACAGCCUGUCGAAUAAUAGUGACCGAUUGCGAGAACAGGAUGUUGAAGAUGUCAUUGGGGAAAGCAGUGUGAUUGCCGAUGACGUUAAAUCUCGACCAGUCCGGAGACACAGCUUGAGCAAUUCUAUUCUUGUGCAACGAGAGGUCGAAGUGGCCCCGAGUAUUGAUCCUGCUGAUCCGAACGAUUAUGAGAGAUGUCCGGAUUAUUUCCAAAAUGUCUCCACUUCUGCGCUUGAUUCGAGACAAUUUCAUCCACUUGAACCUCAAGAAUUGGAUCAGUCCGCGUCAGGACCAUCAGAUUCGUCUCGGGCACGAGCACCCUUCGCCGCAGCAGCAGAAAGCCCCCGUGAAGAAGACCAAGAUCGAGUUGAUCAAGAUGGGAGUGCGGAUGAAACUGAUUCUGACGGGCCUGCUAUACCAACGCCGAAUUCAAGCGAUGUUGAUCAUGCGUCUCAACCCUCCCAACCAUCUUUGACGGAUGGCGAUCAUGAAUCGUCUGAACAGGCCCCUGUGCGAGCCGAUCAAGCACCGGUUGAAGAACCAUCUCUCUGGGGGAAGAUAUCGGCAUGGCUUUGGUAUACUGAGGAUCAAAGCAACGACCAACCCGGCACCGCCAUGCAAAACGAUGCCGGUGCAGAAGGCCAAGAUGAUGAACAUGUCGUUGAAGACGUCUUCGCUGAAGCUCCAUUUGUACCCAAUCAUAAUCGAGAACGUCAACCGGUUCUUGAAGCACCACCUGCAGACGUUCGUGAACCGAACAAUGCUCCUUUCGGAAUCGACCUCAACGAUCCUAACGCAUUAGAGGAUGCUGAAGAUUUGGACGGUGUCCUUGAGUUACUCGGUAUGGAAGGCCCAAUUUUUGGCAUGGUGCAAAACGUUAUCUUCAGCCUCUUCCUCAUCACCGUCACCCUGUCCGCCAGCAUCUGGUGUCCGUACAUUUGGGGGAAGAUUGCAUUAUUGUUCAUGUCGAACCCCACCGGGAUGUUGGUCAAAGUACCCUUGUAUGUUCUCUCCAAAACCGCGGACAUUGUGGUUGAUAUUCUCUUCUUCGUCGCUGGACUCGCUGGUUUUUUCCUCAAUCAACCCGUCAAGAUCAUUAAAGCCAUCACGUCCCCCCUGUUCCCGGCAUUCAGCAAUGUCCUAGACACGGCCCUGAUUGAGGGACUCACACUCGAUCUCAGCCAAAAGAGUGGUGCCCGCCUUGAAAGAACGUUGUCCGGAGCGGUUCUCAAUAUGAAGCCGGAUGUGCCAACAUUCUCUAUACUGUCCCACCACGCCCUUAAUUCCUUCAAGGGCUCCUUAAACGAAACCCUACAGGGGACAGUCUCGAUCGUUCUCUACGCGCGAGACUCGCUGGCCGCCGAACCUGUCACAUCUCGCACCAUUCUCCUUGGUUUGGGGGAAAUGCUGAAAGCAGUCUCCCAGCUGCCGAAGAUGAUUUCACAAUUGGUGGAACUCGUUCUCGACAUCGUGCACCGUGUGGCCAAAGACCUGACGCCGGCCUCCCCAAAUGGGGAUGGAAUGGACUUGUCAUUGGUCGAGUGGAGCACGGAGGAUCGAAUUCUUACCAUCGUCCUCGGAUAUGCCUUUUUGGCCAUCGCGGGCAUUGUUUUCCUCGAGGUUGCCCGUCUCAUCCUGGGUCUCAAGGAUAACGAGAAAGUCGAAGGCUAUUUUGCCGAUUGUCUGCGACAAGCCGGUGGUGUGAUGAAAGUCAUUGUCAUAAUUGGAAUUGAGAUGCUCGUGUUUCCAUUAUAUUGUGGACUCCUUCUCGACGUCGCAUUACUCCCAUUAUUUGCGAACGCCACCCUGGCCGGCCGCAUCUCCUUCAUGAUCCAAACGCCUUUCACUGGGAUUUUCCUCCACUGGUUUAUCGGAACCUGCUACAUGUUUCAUUUCGCCCUGUUUGUAUCCAUUUGCAGAAAAAUCAUGAGGACCGGAGUUUUGUACUUUAUUCGAGAUCCUGACGAUCCCACAUUUCAUCCCGUACGAGACGUCCUCGAACGAUCUGUCCCGGCCCAAUUGGGAAAAAUUGCAUUCUCGGCGUUGGUCUACGGUGGCCUGGUCAUUGUAUGUCUGGGCGGCGUGGUGUGGUCAUUACAAUGGUUCGGGGGCAUUCUACCGAUACAAUGGGCCACUUCUGAACCGAGGUUGGCGUUUCCGGUGGAUAUCAUUUUCUACAACUUCAUGCUCCCGUUGGUCUUGCGACAGGCUGAGCCGUCCAAGAAAAUCUCGGCCAUGUAUGAAUGGUGGUUCCGCGGAUGUGCCCGAGCUCUGAGAUUGACCGAUUUUCUCUUUGGGGAACGCCGCACGGAUGAAACAUAUAGCCGCCUAAGACGAUAUGGCUGGAUUCCAAGAGACGGAACCGACAUCCUGUACGACGGCAAAUAUGUCCGAGCUCCUGCAUCCGAUUCGGUACGAAUUGCAAAAGGACAAAAUGUGUUCCUAGAGGUGAACGAACAGAAUGAACGAGUGGACGGUCAACCUGAUUCGGAUUAUGGAAUUCACGGUAAAAAGAAUCACCGAUUCACGAAAGUCUAUCUUCCUCCACGUUUUCGAACUCGGAUAGCGACCUUCGUGUUCCUUCUUUGGGUGUUCGCUGCCUCCACCGGAGUGGCGUGCACCAUUGGGCCUCUUGUGGUCGGCCGAAAGGUGACUCGAUUUCUUUCUCAGUCGAAUCUUCCACCCAACGAUUUGUACGCCUUCACCGUCGGCAUCCACGUCUUUGCCGCACUGGGAUAUGCCAUUGCCUAUGCACGCCCCGCUCAAAUCUAUCUCAAAACCAAAAUUCCACAGUGGUUUGGCACUCAGCUCAUUGCUUCAAUCAAGUAUGUUUUGGGGCUCGCUUAUCUGGGAAUCUUCACCACCGUGAUUCUCCCUUUCGUCCUCGCAAUGAUCACCGAGUUGUACAUUCACAUUCCACUGUAUACCUACUUGGAAUUAGGGCAAGAGAAGUCAAAGUCUCCGAAUUCACCUCGGUCUGAUUAUCCUGUGGCCACGAUUUUCAUCCUUCAGUCAUGGACGAUUGGUCUUCUCUAUCUCCGACUCCUCCUCCGGUUGUUUAUGCACCAUGUGGCCCCUGAUUCUCAAGUAGCCACGGCGCUUCGUGCCAUCACUCGGGAUGGAUACCUCAAACCAGACGUCAGACUGGCAAGCCGCGCCUUCGUCCUACCUGCGACCGUGAUCUGUACGGUCCUCCUGGUCACUCCGCUGGCAUAUGCCAAGAUGAUCAUUGUCUUGCUUCGAAUUCACGACCCGGAAAUGAAGAUGCGUCUCUAUCGUAUGGCAUACCCUGGUAUUCUAGGUUUGUUCAUGACAUGGGGAGCAAUUAUACUCAUGCAACAACAGUUGGCAAGUUGGAGAGUCAAGAUCCGCGACGAGGUGUAUCUCAUUGGUGAGCGAUUGCAUAAUUUCCAUGAACCGGGACCAGAAAAGAGUGCAAGACGGAAGGGAAAGGAGACGGCAUUGUGA